UUUUUUUGUUUGGGCAAAACUUAAAAAUCUGCGAAAGAAGAGAAAAUUUCGAAGUUUUCUUUCUAGGCGAUGAUGGAGCGAACUUACGGCCGUCGCAAACCGGGGAUGUUAAACGACGACGUUUCGCAGGCGGAGUAUCUUUUUUCGUCGUCUUCAUCUCCAGAACUCGACCCACUUGAUUUCUCCACUCAAGAGUCAUCUUGUCUCUGGAAUUAUUCUUCAAGAUCCAAUUUUUCGGAUGAUGAUUUCUCUCAGAAGAGGGCUAAGAGACCCAGAAACGGUGGUGGAGGGUUUGGUUUGAAUUCGACUUUGAUGGAGACGCAAGAAUUCGGCGAGUUAAUGGAGAAUGAGGACGAGGUUAACUUCGCUCUUGAUGGGUUAAAGAAAGGUCAUCAAGUUAGGAUCAGAAGAGCUGCUCUGUCUUCUCUACUCUCGAUUUGUGAAUCUCAAUAUCAGCGACGCUCUUUGAGAGCUUUAGGGAUCUCAAAAUCCAUAAUCGAUGCAAUUUUGGGUCUUAGUCUUGAUGACAUACCAAGCAAUCUUGCUGCAGCUACCCUUUUCUUUGUGCUAACUACUGAUGGUCAAGAUGAUCACUUUAUGGAGUCACCCAACUCUAUCAAGUUUUUGAUCAAGCUGUUGAGACCUGUGGUUUCCGCUAGUACUAAAGGGAAGCCGCGGCCGAAUAUAGGAUCUAGGCUCUUAUCAGUAGUGAAGGAUGUUGAUGCAGCACGUGAUGCAGCCAGUAUGCAUGAUUCAAGCUCCUGUGAUAUACUGGACAGAGCCCAGGAGAUUCUUGUGAAUUGCAAGGAGUUGAGAUUGGUUGAUGGCUAUAAAAUUGAGAGGAUGAGGCCUGAGCUAAGUACAAAAUUUGUAGCUUUGUUGGUGAUGGAGAAGGCCUGCUUGUCAAAAAUCUCUUUUGAUGAUACCUCUGGUACUGUGAAAAAAUCUGGAGGAAUGUUCAAGGAGAAACUGCGAGAACUUGGAGGACUUGAUGCAGUCUUUGAUGUUGUUAUGGAUUGUCACUCUGUAAUGGAGAGCUGGGUGGCACAUGACACAAUCUCUGCCGAGGAUAUAAAAGAUGAUUUGAAUAAGCAGAAUCUGAUUUUGCUUCUGAAAUGUCUAAAAAUCAUGGAGAAUGCUACAUUCCUCAGCACAGAAAACCAGAUUCAUUUGCUCAGAUUUAAUAAAAACAUGGGUUCUCAUGGAUCCCGACUAUCUUUCCCAGAGCUCAUGAUAAGCGUCAUCAAAAUACUUUCAGGUCUUCAGUUACGUGCUCACAGGAACAAAAAUCAUCCUCACCCUCAGCCACAUCUAUCUUCUGCUGUUAACAAGGACUUUGUGACAAUUAUUAGUUCAGAUACUUGCUCUACCACUAGCUGUAGCUCCAUAAAAAGUUGUGUAUCCAAGAGAAAUCAGUCUGCAUUCCUGUUAGGUUGCUCAAUGACACCAAAACCAGGGUCUCAAUCAAGUGUAUUGUCAACAGUUUAUCCCUGCACGCCUACGACUAUAGCUGGUUCCAACACUGGGUCGUUUGCAGGCAGGUUAGCCUCAUUGGGUAGUGGCAUUUCCAGAAGUAAUGCAAGGACUAGCCAAACUAGAGAAUCCAGUUGUAAAAAAGUUGAAAACUUCUCAUCCUUCGAGGAUAGUCAAGAUCCUUUUUCAUUUGAUUUGGAAGAUUCGGGACUUUCCAAAUGGGCAGUAGUAUUAGGAAAGCAAAAGAAAUCUAAAGGUCAAAAGAGGAAGGGAAGCUACAGAGAUAAAAAAGAUGAACGCUCGCUUCAGCUCUUCUCGAGCCAGGAGGAAUCAAACCAUGGGUUAAAUUCCCAGGAAGAAUCAAGUGAUAGAGAUCGCCAUGUAACAGAGCAACCUUCUUCAACAUAUGACAUUGAUAAAGGAUGUCUCUGUCUUUUAUCUGAUUGUCUUUUAACAGCCGUGAAGGUAUUAAUGAACUUAACAAAUGAUAAUUCUGUUGGUUGUCGGGAAUUUGCUGCCUGCAGAGGACUGGAGAGCAUGGCUGAAUUAAUUGUUGGACACUUUCCUUCCUUCACCAGAUCUCCGCUUUUCAGUCUGAUGGAGUCCGGGACAUGCCAUCAGAAAGAUAAACAUCUCACAGACCAGGAAUUAGAUUUUCUUGUUGCCAUCUUGGGGUUACUGGUAAACUUGGUGGAGAAAAACGGAAUAAACAGGUCAAGGCUCGCUGCAGCUAGUGUUCCGAUCACUAAUCCAGAAGAGUUGCAAGAUAGUGAACAAGACAUGAUUCCUCUUUUAUGUUCAAUCUUUCUCACCAAUCAAGGAUCCGCAGAUGCCAAAGAUGAAACAAGUACUUUCACUUUGGACGAUGAAGAAGCUGUUUUAGAAAGCGAAAAGGAAGCGGAAAAGAUGAUUGUGGAGGCAUAUUCUGCCCUCCUGCUCGCAUUUCUAUCCACAGAAAGUAGAAGUAUACGAAAUGCCAUCAGAGAUUAUCUCCCAAAACGCAACAUGGCAAUUCUGGUACCGGUGUUGGAUAGAUUUUUGGCGUUUCAUACAACACUGGACAUGAUUCCUCCGGAAACUCAUAAAGCAGUUAUGGAAGUUAUUGAGUCGUGCAAAUUGCCAUAGAACAAAAAAAACAAGCGAGAUCUUCGUUCUCCUCUCACUGUACAGCUUCUGCAACACUUUGGGUUUGCUCCAUACUUAUAGUUAGUGAUCACACAAUGGAACAUGUUACAUGUAUGAUAUAGACACAAAUAGAGUAUCUUUUAGUUCUUUCUUUCGAGGUUUUACUUUUCUGGUUUUAGCUUAGGUUAGUAAGUAAUUCACAUCCCAUUCUUUUGUACUUUUUGUCAUACAAAGAAAGAACAAACAGAUAUAUAGAAAUAGAAUGCUUAGUGAGAGAGUUUAUAAUACGUAUCUUUUUUUU